AUGGAGAACCGGACUGAAGUGCACGAGUUCAUUCUCCUGGGUCUGACACAUGACCCCAGAGAGCAAUACACUCUCUUUCUGAUGUUCCUGAUGCUCUACUUGGCCAGUUUGUUGGGAAAUGGAGCCAUUCUGGCAGUAGCUAUAGCUGAGCCACGGCUUCAUACUCCCAUGUAUUUCUUUCUGGGCAAUCUCUCCUGCCUGGACAUGUGCUACUCCACUGUUACGGUGCCCAAAAUGCUGAGUGGCUUCUUAACAGAGCCCCAAGCCAUUUCUUUCAUUGGAUGCCUGACUCAGUUGCAUUUCUUUUACUUCCUGGGCAGCGGUGAGGGCAUCCUUUUGGGAGUAAUGGCAUUUGAUCGCUAUGUGGCUAUCUGCAACCCUCUGCGUUAUACUGUCAUCAUGAAUAGAUGGACUUGCCUUCUGCUAGCUGGGACCACCUGGGUUGCUGGAUUCUUUCACGCACUGAUGCAUACCAUGGUGACCUCUCAGUUGUGGUUCUGUGGCCCAAAUCAUGUUCAGCACUUCCUCUGUGACAUCAAGCCCUUGCUAAAAUUGGCCUGCAGCAGUACCACCCUUAACCUCAGUCUCCUUAAUAUUGUCACUGGCUGCAUUGCUCUGGGUGGCUUCUUCCUCACUCUUUUCUCUUACUUAUACAUCAUCUCCUUCCUAUUCUUCAAAGUUCCAUCCUGGAAAAGUCGUUGGAAAGCCUUCUCUACCUGUGCCUCCCACCUGACAGUUGUGGCUCUACUGUAUGUUCCAGUUCUGUCCAACUACAUGCUUGCGUCUGUUGGGGAGUCUGCUCAAAGAGAGAUGAUCAUCACCAUAUUGUAUAGUGCUGUCACUCCAGUUUUAAACCCUCUUAUCUACACGCUAAGAAAUCAAGAGGUAAAAGCUGCUCUGAAAAAAAUAUUAAGCCAGAAAUAUUUGUUUGGAAGAAUAUGA